AUGGCAGGUUUAACUCAUUUAACAUCUACCAUCGCUCUUAUCACAACGCUCGAAUGGACAAGUUUAAAAUAUCGUAGUUUUAUUGGUAAUCUUGCAUUUUUAUCUUUCGUCUUCGGUGAAAUGCUAAUCACAUUAUUUGCUUAUAUGGCUCGAAACUGGCAGAAUCUCUUGUGGGCAAAUACAAUUUGCAUUGGAAUAUCAUUACUUUUGAUUUGUUUCACUGAUGAAUCACCAUUAUAUCUAUACUCAAAAAAUCAGUAUACUCGACUUGAGAGACUUUUACGUCGAAUGGCCAAGAGAAAUGGUCGACAAGUUAUCGAUUGGUAUCCUGUAUUUCAAGAAUUAUUAAAUACACAAUUGUCUCCGAUAGUCAGAAAGAAACAACUAACAUUUACUCAAAAGGUUAAACAAUUUGUAUCACAUCCAACAACAAUAAAACGUAUUGUAAUCGUUGGAUUCAUUGCUUUUACGCAAACGUUACUGUAUUAUAAGAUAUCAUAUGGACUUGCAACGAUGAAAAUUUCUCCUUAUAUUGCUAUUUUAAUUGGAGCAAUUGUGGAGGCACUUGGUUAUAUUACUGCCACUGUGUUCAUGUCAAUGCGAUUGGGUCGUAAAUAUUCAUUCAUUAUCUUUACAGGUUUAACAAGCGUAUGUAUUCUCAUUAUUCCAUUGAUAAUUAAGCAUAGCACUCUGGCUACAGUUAUUAUAUCGCAAAUGGGCAAGUUUGCUAUAUCGGCAUCGAACUGUAUCGCUGGAGUCUAUAUAGCAGAACUAUUUCCAACAUCAAUCCGAAGUACUACAAAUGGCUUUGCUGUUGCCGUCAGCCGUCUAGGUGCAAUCACAAGUCCUAUCAUUGAUGCUUCAAUUCAUGAACAAUACUUACCCAUCACAUUCUAUGUUUGUGCAGCCUUGACACUAAUAUCAGUUCUACUAAGUUUAACCUUGCCCGAAACGAAGGAUAAACCAUUGGAUGAUAUGAGUGAAUUUACGAACGGUACACAUCUUUAA